GUCACGUGUGAACCGCUAAACCGUAUUGGGCGCCCAGUCAGUGCUCGGCGGGAAGCCACAGUCGACCUCCUGCUGAGGACGAGGGCUGCGCAGGCAUUCAUUUUAUUGUUCAAAGCUGCCUUGACUCAAAUCGAAUCACUCAUCUCCAGCUCUUCUCCUGAUAAGACUCUGUGCUCUACCAUCACCUCGACUCCUCGCUCCACGGCCAUUGUUUUGACAUUGGAACCAGUCCACCUCCCACUUGCUCCACCUAUUCUCCCGCUAUUCCUCGCCGCCACGUUUAGUUUGAGAAAUCACCAUCUCCUUUUCUCGCCCAGUGAACGACAGACACCAUGGCUAACGACGAGUAUGAUUUUCUUUUCAAGGUCGUCCUUAUUGGAGACUCUGGUGUUGGAAAGUCUAAUCUUUUGAGUCGGUUUACUCGCAACGAGUUUAACCUCGAUUCCAAGUCCACUAUUGGUGUUGAGUUUGCAACACGCUCGAUCCAGGUUGACUCGAAAACCAUCAAAGCUCAGAUCUGGGAUACUGCUGGACAAGAGCGAUACCGUGCCAUUACCUCAGCCUACUACCGCGGUGCCGUCGGAGCUCUGCUCGUUUAUGACAUCAGCAAGCAUCAGACUUACGAUGGUGUAACCCGGUGGUUAAAGGAGCUGCGAGGCCAUGCCGAUUCAAAUAUUGUCAUCAUGCUGGUUGGAAACAAGAGCGAUUUGAGACAUUUGCGUGCCGUGCCUACAGAAGAUGCCAAGCAGUUUGCCAGCGAAAACAACUUGUCCUUUAUUGAAACCUCUGCCCUCGAUGCGAGCAAUGUCGAGCUUGCUUUCCAGAACAUCCUGACAGAAAUUUACGGUAUCGUUUCGAGCAAGGCUUUGGAUCAAGGCGAGGGUGGUCAAAACUCUGUUCCCAUGGGCCACGUGAUCGAUGUCAGCAAGUCUGUAGACCCGGAAACGAAACAAGGAUGCUGUUAAGAGGACAGUUUCGGAGAAGACGAAAUGCCGUGAUUACGAUUUUACUAUUUAUCCAAUAUGACAUGGGAAUGGGUAUCUUGAC